UGGAAUCUAUAUAUAUUAAACCAGAAAGAGGUUUGCAAGGUCGUUAAAGUCGAUAAAAUUUAAGAAUAUACAUAUAUAUCGAUAUGAUAUGGAUGAUAAUGCAGCAAACAACUUCAUCAGCAUGAACUCUGACCCCGAAAACGGUGGCGGUGGUGGUGGUGGUGGAGACCUCUCCGGCGGGCAGGUCGAAGGACGAGAAGCUGAUAUGGACAGUAACACGAGUUUCACUAAAUUUUAUGAUCAGCCUCCUCAAAGAGAAAAGAUAUAUUCAAGUUGGGAAAAUAUUGUAUUGGCCUACCAAUCACUUGGAGUAGUGUAUGGAGACUUGGGAACUUCUCCCGUGAACGUGUUCUCUGCAACCAGCUUCACCAAUCUCACUGAAGAAGAUCUAUUGGGAAUUCUAAGCCUUAUUAUAUGGACCUUAACAUCUCUUGUGUUGAUCAAAUAUGUGUUGAUCGUGCUGCAUGCAAACGAUCAUGGCGAAGGUGGAACCUUCGCUCUCUAUUCCUAUAUUUGCAGACACAUGAGUUUCAAGAGCAAAUUCACCAUUCAGAACACGAGAUUGGAAUCCCAUUCGAGCAUGGCGUAUUACAGUGGAGGGAGCCCUUUGUCCACUAGGGCUAGAGAAUUUCUGGAGAGAAGCUCUUCUGCUCAGAAUUUUCUCACUCUCAUCGUGCUCUUGGGAACUUGCAUGGUUAUUGGAGAUGGAGCUCUUACCCCUGCAACUUGUGUUCUCUCAGCUCUUCAAGGAAUCCAGUCGCGCUCUUCUAAGAUCACACAAGGCCACGUGGUAUGGAUAUCUGUAGUUGUUUUAGUUGCCCUGUUUCUGUUCCAACGUUGUGGGACUAGCAAAGUCAGCUUCUUAUUCUCUCCAAUAAUGUGUGUAUGGUUUGCCACCAAUGUUUCAAUCGGCGUUUACAACAUUUUGAAGUAUCACCCUUCCAUUCUGAAAGCCGUAUCGCCACACUACAUCGUCAAAUUCUUCAUGGCCAACGGCAGGACCGCUUGGGAUCUCCUCGGAGCCGUUUUCUUGAGCAUCACAGGAGCUGAGGCCAUGUUUGCUGAUUUGGGGCACUUCAACAAAAGAGCUAUCCAGUUGGGCUUCUCUUUCGUAGUUUAUCCGUCACUCAUUGUGACGUACGCCGGCGAAACGGCUUAUCUAGUGAAGCACCCUGAAAACAUCAUGGACGCCUACUACAGUUCCAUUCCGAAUCCGAUUUAUUGGCCAAUGUUCGUUAUCUCGACGCUAGCUGCGGUUGUUGCGAGCCAAUCCAUGAUCUCCGCAUGCUUCUCCAUCGUCAAGCAGUCGCUCGCGCUCGGCUGCUUCCCUAGGGUCCUCAUAAUCCACACAUCCUCCAAGCACCCAGGCCAAGUCUACUCCCCUGAGAUAAACUACAUUCUCCUCAUCCUCACUGUGGCCCUCGUCGUCGGAUUCAAAGGCGGCGUCGAGCUUGCCAAUGCAUACGGCGUCGUGGUCAUAUGGGUCAUGAUUAUAACCACGUUUCUUACGAGUCUGGUGAUGCUGGUCAUUUGGAAGGCUAGUGUUGUCGUGGUGCUGGGGUUCUUAGUGCCGUACAUUUUGAUCGAGGGCGCGUUCAUGAGUUCGUUGCUGAGGAAGAUCCCACAAGGGGGGUGGGUGCCCUUCGCCGUUUCGGUACUCUUCAUGACUGUGAUGUUGUCAUGGACCUACGGAAGGAGCAAGAAGACCACGUACGAGGCCGAGAACAAGAUGAGCGUUGCAGAGCUGGACGAUGCCCUCUCCGGCAGCAGCAUCUGUCGGACUCCGGGCAUCUGCUUCUUCUUCACGGAUCUUGUCUACGGAAUCCCGCCCAUCAUCCGCCGCUACAUCCACCACACCAACUCCGUGCGUGAGAUCAUGGUCGUCGUCACCAUCAGAACUCUGCCCAUCAAAACUGUGGCGCCCGAGAAGCGUCUCCAUGUGGGGAAGCUGGGGCACGAGGGGGUGUACCGGUGUUUGAUCCAAUUCGGGUAUAAGGACGCGGAGGACAUGGAUGGGGCCGAAUACGCUGAUUCAAUAGUGGCGAAGCUCGUUGAGCUUAUCGAUGAUACGAGCGAGGAGCACAAGAUUCAGAGCGCAAUGCAGAAAGGCAUCGCGUUCGUUACCGGAAGGACCAUUCUCAAGGCAAACAACAAGAGCGGGAUGCUUGCACGCUUCACCAUAGAUUAUCUCUACAGGUUUCUGCAGAAGAACAGCAGGCCUGCAGUUUCCACAUUUCAGACCCCAUCCGAAGCAACGCUGCAGGUCGGAAUGUUGUAUGAAAUCUAAAGAGAGAGACCAUUCUGCCAUGCACGAUAAGAUGCAAAAUCUGGAAUCAUUCAUUCAAUUUCAGACAUGAAAUAAAACAAUUGGUACGACAAUAA